AAAUUUAAAAUCUCGACGACGGGACUCUCUGAAGAGAGGAGAAACCGACGUAUCUAUCUAGGUCCAAGAUCGGAGCUCGGAAUUGUCUUCAACGCCGUGAGCUUCUCACUUUCUCCAUUUGUGUGUUUAGAUUUUGAUUUAGAAUCAGUGAGCUUGAAGUAAAUGCAAAACAUGUGCUAGAUCUUCUUCUUCUAUGUACGGUUUCGAAAAAGAAGUGCUUACAAAAUACGGUGACAUGUGUACCGCAAAUGCUUAGGUUGCUUUGAAGGUCUUCCUUUGGCUUCAGUUAUUUCAGGACGUGUCUAUACAGCACACGGUGGGCUUUUCCGCAGCCCUGUUGUGCCUAAGAGAGCAAGGGGAAAGAAGAACCAUCGCGUGCUUCGUCAAGAGCCUGAACCGAGCUCUUUGAAGCUAGGUACUUUAGAUGAAUUGAUGCAAGCUAGAACAUCAGUUCUUGAUCCUCCUUGGGAAGGUUCCAACUUGAUUCCAGGAGAUGUUUUAUGGUCUGAUCCUUCAUUGACUCCAGGCCUUUCUCCAAAGGAACAGAGAUGCAUUGGUCUUCUUUGGGGUCCUAACUAUACAGAAGAGUUUUUGAAAAAGUACCAACUAAAAUUAAUCAUCAGAUCACAUGAAGGUCCAGAUGCUAGAGAGAAGAGAGCUGGCUUAGCUGGUAUGGACUUAGGAUAUACAAUAGAUCACGAUGUUAAUCUGGAAAGCUUAUCACUAUCUUCAGAGCUCCAGACUAUCCACAGUUCCAGGUUCUUAGGAUAUACAAUUGAUCACAAUGUUGAAUCUGGAAAGCUUUACACAAAAGAAAAAUGGAACCAAAUCUACAUCAGUUGUUUUAUUAAAGUUGAGACUCGCUGUAACGUUUUACAUACUUUAUGGAUUGAAUCUUUCAAGGAAGUAUAGAACAGAUGACUUGUUCAAGAAAAAGAGUAUAGAACAGAUGCUGGUUAAUAUACUAAAGCUUAACCAGCAUCAGUCUCAAUUUAGUUCUUUAGUUUCUUAUAUUUUUUUUACAUAAACCGAACUAACCGGAAACCAAAUCUAGGUAAAUGUAGGAAAGCUAAUCUCCACGCUAAUUACGGCGACAAUCCACAGAUAGUGAGUAGCUGAUAAAGUUGGUAAAGGAUGCCUCACAGAACACGGCCAUUGAUGGGGCUGUUGCUUUUCACAGGAAUAAACGCGGUUCUGGUGCAGACCAUUACUCCAGUUUAUGACUUUGUCUGCUUCUUGCCUUACUGGGAGAAACGGAGAGAACGAAUCCGGCAGGGGCUUCAAGCAGCUUCAUUGUCAGUUGCCGCAAACUCAACACAUAAAGCUACUACUCAAGCAUCUGCUAGAUGAUUCUCUCCAUGUCAUUCAUUUUCUAAAAUCACGAGGCAUCCAAAGUACUAACGCUUAAAGAUGAUAAACUGUCCUCUCAACAGAUAGUUUCAUCACUCAUCCAAAUAUUCACAUGAUCUUCCCCAUACCUCAAUUCCAAAAAGGUUAGAACAUUUUGCUUGCAACCCUUGAAUGUUAGUUAAACUCGAUCGACACACUUUUGUCUUUCGAUAAGAUGUUUUGAAGAACCUGAAUCGGUCUGUUAUAUUUGCCAAAAUAAUGUCCAAGACGAAAGUGGUUUUAAAGUUUUGAGACAUAAAUAUACAAAGACUCGUUCCCCCCAUGUGGGUGUUGGUUUUGAGUCUUUUGACUGUACUUUGUUCAUCGACAAACUUCGACAUGUACUCACCUCAAUGUUUUUAAUG